AUGGAGGCUAGAGGUGUUGUAUGCAGUAAAUGUAGGCACCGAUUAUCAAUACCGACAGCGACUUUCACAGAAGUAAAGUGCCCAACUUGCAACAUGAUGAAUCCGAUUCCAACCUAUGAACGAUCCGGUAAUCGGAGUGUCGAAAAGUUAAUUGUUAAGGCAAAGGGAAAGAUAUCAGGCCAUGAUCUCAUUAGUAGGAAAAAACCGGACUCGUUGAAUAAGAAUCCCUCCCCUUUCGACAUUUGGGGGUCAUCAUCGGCGACAAGGCCCGCAGGGAAGCGAGCGCUGCUGAUCGGAGUGACUUACAAAAGUAAGCACAAGCUUAAGGGGACUAUCAAUGAUGUGAAGAGCAUGAGAGAAAUGUUGAUCGCCAAUUUCGGCUUCAAGGAAGGGAACAUUCUGGUUCUUACAGGAACAACAAUGCUUUGUUAUUUGUUGCAAAAUGCAGAACAGGAGACAGAACCAGAACUAAUUCCAACCAAGAAAAACAUCCUGAAAUCCCUGGAAUGGCUCGUGAGGGGAUGCCAGGCAGGUGACUCCCUCGUGUUCUACUUCUCUGGUCAUGGAUUACGUCAACCAGAUUUUGAAGGCGAUGAGCGAGAUGGGCUAAACGAAACUAUUUGUCCGGUGGAUUUCAUGACAGAAGGCAUGAUCGUUGACAAUGAAAUUAAUUCAACCAUUGUUUGGCCCCUCAAAAAAGGUGCCACUCUUCAUGCAAUUGUUGAUGCUUGUCACAGUGGAACUGUCCUUGACCUUGAGUACGUCUUCAAUAGGCAAAAGUAA